UGUUUGUCACCACUACUGAAGCUAAAUACACAAUUUUUUAUUUUCAUAUGUGGAGGAAGGAAAAGAUUUUAAAACAAAUUUAAUAGAAAUCGGCAGAAGGAAUGUAAAAUUUAAAUAUUUGUUCCACUUUACAUCCACAAUCAUAUGACCACUUGUUGGAUAGGUAUUUUCAUAAGCUUUCCAACGAUACCCAUAUUGUGGAUCCGGGUCUAGUCGGGGUCUUGAACCCGGACUUUCGGGUCGAAAAUCUGGGGUCCCAGGUCCGUCCCCCAAGAAAAAAAUAGUUUCCCGGGAUCAUGGUUAAAAUACCUACCACUGAAAAAAUUUUCGAAAAAAUUUAAGAGUUUUUACUAAACUAGAGUUAAGCCUAAAAUACAUUCAUAUAAGAAAAACAUAUAUAUAAGAAAAAAUUGACAAUUUUUGAAAAGGGGCUUAUAUGCGUGUUCUACUGUACAUGUUGUACAGCGUUGCCAUCAAUCCUGGAUGCCCAGGAUCAAUCAAUCCCUGGAUGUCUAAAGCAACAGCUGUCAAAAACUCAUGUCAAAUUAGUAAGAUUGGCGCCCGCUCUGAAGUUCAAAGGAACAACUCCCCCAAAUGGGUGUCAAAGAUUUGUGGACAGUACUUACUCCUCACGCCGAACGCAAGCCCAUAAGCGAGUUGAGAGGAAAAAUCGUUGCCAUAGACUUGGCUGGAUGGGUUUGUGAGAGUCUCAAUGUAGUAGAUUAUUUUGUACAUCCCAGACAUCAUCUAAAGAACUUAUUUUUUCGUACCUGUUAUUUAAUAUGGGAAGAAGUGACUCCAGUUUUUGUGCUAGAAGGCACAGCACCAAAAUUGAAAAGUCAAGUAAUGGAAAAACGCAAUGAAAUACAAUUUCGAGGUGUACGGCCAAAGGACAAACCGCCGCCAAGCCAACAGCCGGUCAAUUCGCAAACAUCAAAUAAAGGUGGCGAAAAGGGAAGAUCACGUUUUAACAUGGUUUUAAAGCAGUGCGAAAAUCUUCUCACCUCCAUGGGCAUACAGUGUGUCCAGGGACCCGGCGAGGCCGAGGCGUACUGUGCAUUUUUAAAUCAAAAGGGGUUGGUAGAUGGUGUUAUAAGCCAAGACUCCGAUUGCUUUGCCUACGGUGCUGUGCGUGUGUAUCGCAACUUUUCGGUAUCAUCUCAAGGCGCUUUAGCAGCACAAGGUGGGGCCGUAGACAUAUACGAUAUGCGUCAAAUUUGCAGCAAAAUGGAUUUUGGACAAAACAAAGUAAUCGUCAUGGCACUAUUAUGUGGCUGCGAUUAUUGUCCCGAUGGAAUUGGUGGCAUUGGGCGUGAUAGCGUGGUUAAACUUUUCAAUAAAUACAAAAAUGAUGAGAUAUUAAACAAGAUACGUUGUUGGCGUUACGAAGAUUCAAAAUACUCAGCACUGGAAAUGAAGGUAGACGAUAAGAGUAUAUGUGCAAACUGUGGUCACAUGGGACGAACACAAAGCCAUUCAAAGAGUGGUUGCGGUAUUUGUCGUACCAACCGAGGAUGUAAUGAAAGUCUUUGGAAAGAAGAACGUUUGUCUAUAAAGGCGGAAUUGAUCCUACGAAAAAAGGCUUUGUCCGAUCCUUCUUUUCCCUCUGAAGCCAUAAUAGAAGAAUUCCUAAGGCAACCAAAAGAGAUUCCAAAAUUAGACCUCCGUUGGCGACAACCAAAUAUGGUUAAAUUUAUAAAACAAGUCGGACAUCUUUUGCAAUGGAAAGAAGUUUAUUGUUUUCAAAAAUUCUUUCCGAUUUUAACAAGAUGGCAGGUUAUGAAUGCCACCCGAUUAAAGGAGAUGCCAACGGCCGUUGUUUACGUUGCACCCAAAGAAAUUGUUAAAAAGAGAGUGGUAAAAGGUAUUCCAAGCUUAGAAAUUAUAUGGCAAGAUGAAAAAGGAAUAUUCAAUGGCCUGGUGCCUGAAUCACAAUUGCAAGAGGUUGAGUCGGAAAAUCCAAAAGGAAUUUCUGAUCUUUGGACAACUGUGGAACCAACGAGUUUGAUGGAAACAGCAUUUCCCGAAGUGGUAGAUGCUUUCCUCAAGUCGAAGGAAAAACCCAAGAAAGCCGCAAAGAAGCCAAGAAACAAGGCAAAACACUUAGAUUCCUUGGAUAAUUUAGAUGACUUAAUGAAGGCUACUGAUGAAGUUGCAAAAACAAUAAAACCCAAACGUCAAGCGAAAGCAAAAUCUGCCACCAAACUAGGAUUACAACCAAUUGAUAAGUAUUUCAAACAAGCUAACGACAAGAACCAAACACCCCUGAAGAAAGAAAAAUUAUUAAUGCAAAACAAUCAGAGCUCUACUCCACUCACCAAAGAUGUUCCUUCUGAUUUAGAAAGUGAUGAAGAUAUUGAUCAAAAUGCAUUUAACCUUUCCGAUAUUGUGAAUGGUAUUGUGGCCAAAGGCCAUGAUCCAUUUGCUUUAACACACCAUGAGGGACGUCAAUUACAAUACGAAACUAUGCCCCAAGAUAUUAGCCUUUUGCUAAAUGAUUUCGACAACUCUUCAUUCCAAUUAAACUCAAGCCGUGUUCAAACAAAAUUAUCCAUUGAUGAUUUGGAUGUGUUGUGUGAAAAACGUGUCCUAUCCACAUCUUUCCAAAACUCCACAAAUGCUGAAGCUAAACGCAGGUCGUUGGACGAUAGCUUCGAUAUACUAGUUAAAAUUGGAUCCAACAGAGUUGAGAAAAUUAAAGAUUUGAAAAUAUCUACUGAAAGUCUCUUAGACCUUCCUACUAAACCUCUGAAUGUAGUGGAUCGCUUCAAACAAAAACAAAGAAUAAGCUUGAAUUUUAAUACAAAUAAUAGUAGUAUCAUUGAGAAUGACAUUGGGGAUUCCAAUGGCGUUAGCUACUUUUUCAACAGUAGUUUUCAAACAGACAAUGAAGAUGUAUUUGAAAAGCUUAUGGAAACUAGUUUGGCCAAAUGUGAUGUGGGCGAUCAGGACAGUUUGGAUGAGGGAGAAUUUGUUCUGUUAAGCGAUUAAAUUGUUUGUAUAUUUCGUUUUUAAUUUGUAUUCCUAAUUAAAUUACAUAAAUAAUCUAUAGAUAAUUUAGCUUAAUUUUAC